UGGAAUGUAUUUUUCUUACAGCUUUUCUCUUUUUAUUAGUAAACUUGUCAGAAUCUUCUCCACUGCUUCAAGAUGUGUUCAUGACUUCGGAUGUUAAUGAGGUCUCAGGAAAGUCUUUUGAUUACAUCAUAGUCGGGGGAGGCACCGCAGGUUGUCCCCUGGCAGCGACUCUUUCGGAGAAAUUCUCCGUUCUGUUGGUCGAACGAGGCGGUUCUCCUUACGAAAAUCCAUUGAUAUUGAACAAGAUGUACUCCUCUUUCGCUCUUCGUAAAACUGAUGAGUUUUCGUCGGUGGCUCAAAGCUUCGUCUCCCGUGAUGGCGUUCCAAAUCGCAGAGGGCGAGUUCUCGGAGGAACUUCGGUGAUAAAUGGCGGCUUGUAUAGCAGAGCUAGUGAUGAUUAUGUUCACAGAGUUGGAUGGGAUGAAAAACUGGUGAAAGAAGCUUAUGAGUGGGUAGAAUCAAAAAUUGUUUUCAAACCUCAGCUUACCCCUUGGCAAUUUGCCCUUAAAUUUGGUCUGCUCGAAGCCGGAUUCAUUCCGUUUAACGGGUUUAGUUUAGAACAUAUUAAGGGAACAAAAAUUGGUGGGACUACCUAUGAUAAACAUGGAAUAAAACACCCCUCAUCUGAUCUUCUCGGAGCUGCAAAUUCACAACAUAUCACAGUUCUUUUGAAUGCAACUGUAAAAAGCAUCAUCUUCCAUGAGAACGAAAAUGAGAGAAUAGCUUGUGGCAUUAAGUUCAUCAAAAGUGACGGCAGCACAAAUCAGAUUUAUGAAGCUUACAUCAACCAACCACAUGAAUCAAGUUCGCAGGGAGAUGUUAUAUUGUCAGCAGGGGCAAUAGGAAGUCCCCAAUUACUAAUGUUGAGUGGCAUCGGGCCGAAAAAGCAUCUUCGGGGUUUCAAUAUCCCGCUUGUGCUACACUUGAAAGAAGUCGGUCAGAAAAUGCAAGACAAUCCGACUAUCAGCUUUCGAGCAGACAACAAAGCAAACUAUCGUCUAUUGGAAUCACCUCAAGUAGUCACCAUUGCAGAAGACUUCAAAUUCGUCAUUGGAGGCCUCAUUAUACCAAGAGGCUUUAAUGCAACAAGUACCACUCUGGGCAUCAAACUUGCAUUUCCGCAGUCUACGGGAAGGCUAAAAUUGAACGACGUUGAUCCUAGACGUAAUCCUAUGGUUAAAUUCAACUAUUUAUUAAAGGAAAAAGACUUGGAUGAUUGCGCAAACAUGGUUGAAUUGCUGCGAAAGAUAUCGAGGUCUAAAUCUGUUGUUAUGUUCCUCAGGAAUGAACUUAAGACUAAUUUCACGAGUUCAACGAGUCCAAGUAACCCGAGAGAAUUCUGCAAGAACAAUUUGUCGACGUUUUAUCACUAUCACGGAGGUUGUACUGUCGGAUCAGUUGUUGACAAUGAUUACAAAGUGUACGGAGUUAAGAAUUUGAGAGUGGUAGAUGGAUCAACUUUCUUAGAAUCACCGGGCACAAACCCGAUGGCUACUGUGUUAAUGUUAGGAAGGUAUCAGGGCAUCAAAAUCCUAAGAGACAGAGAGAAAAAGUUCAGCAUUUAGUUGUCACAAACAUGGAUUCUUGUACUCUUAGAUACAUAAUGCAGCCUGGGAAAGUCUUAUGAUAUAUAAAAUAAGAGAUAAUUUUUCAUUUAAAGAAAUA